GCUGCUGACCUCUUCUGGAUCUGUUUCACUGAAUGAAUUGCACAGUGCGCUACAGUGGCAGGAAGAAUUUCUGAGUAGCGCUGAAUUUGAGGGGAUUCAGCAAGAACCUUGCAAGCCAACGCAGCCUGAUGGCGUCGGAGCACCUGAAAAGCAAUCUGUUGAAGGAUGUAUUUUAUCCAAUGGAUGUAACAACAAUGGCAGCAAUGGAUCCAAGCUGGGCUUGGCAUCCAAAAUAAACUUGCUUACCGAUCGCCGUGGGGAAGGACUUCCAACAUGGGAGUCUCCUAGCCACACACUCUCUAAUUUCAUCCUUAAAGGUACAAUUCCAUCCAGUCUGGCAGCAACAGGAAAGCCCCCUUCUUUGAGCUCCUUUGACUCUGGUAUUGAUGGAGCUGGAAGCUGCCACUUAGACCACAGGAUUGUUAAAGAAGCCUGGGAAAUGCCCAACAGGGCCCCUGUGGCUCAGGAGAUUCCCAGAUCAGCUCCCCAAGAGCCGUGCGUUAAUGAGGAGACCAUUGGCAGCAUGUCUGACUCUGAGGAGUGUCUAGAGGAUCUUGAAUUUCACUCCAAGAGGUGUAGGUCGAGUGCAAGGAUACAGAUCGUUCCAAAGAUCAUCUCUGGCUGUUUGAAUUUUGAGGUCAUGGUUAAACGGUCUGCCAGUCUACCAAAAAACCCCUGGCUGAGCCUGCCUCUGGAAGACCUGGACAACUCGUACACCGUCACCAUCACCCCAACAAGACCUUCAGUCAAGUGUGGGCUGCAGAGCAACCUGCUCAGAAACCCUAAUGCAUUGUUGGAAACUGCCAGACUUUCGGGUUCCUGCAGAGACUCCUGUGAUGGGAGAGAGCACUAUGGGGAGACCCAGGCUUCUGAACAAGAUGCUGUCAGAGGUUUGGCUUUCACUGAGAGUGGCAUCCAGACAGAGGCAAAGAGCCAUUUCCUGCAGGUGCAGAGAAUUUUGGAGAACUCCUCUGAGCUGAGUCCUAUUCGGAAUGUAAUGUCCAGCACCUUGAAUGAUACCCGGGACAAACGGAGUCAGUCCUCUUGGACAGACCAUACACUGCUCUGGGAUAGCUAUGACCUGCACGCUUCCAGGAAACACCACGAAGGCACAAGGGAAAGCAGGAUGGAAAAUUAUUCAGCGGAAAUGGAGUCCUUGUUUAAUGACUGGGACCUGAAAGAACAGGAAGAUCUCUGCGUCGUUGAGAAACUCCUAGUCCGAGCUGCAGACAUUCUGGAGGAAGAGGAGAGUGUGUUAAAACAAGAGGAGGUACUGGAUCACCUUGUGAAGAUUGACAGUAACAAGCAUUUUGAAAUAUGGAGCAUUGAUUCAGACCACAAUACAAACCAAAUGCAUGUGGUUCCCAUGUCUUCCAGUGAAUUGGUGGAAGCUGGUGUUCUUGGUUUUGAGGACUCCGCUGGGAAAAGCGUCAGUGACGAAGAAUCUGGGUAUUGCCCCACAAAUUCAGCCACUGCUCACGAUGUACAUUCUGCGGCAACCAUUGAUUUCAAUAAAACAACCGCGGCCAGUCUGAAUGGGAGCAGGGCAUUUUCCAGUCCAUACAGUAGUUCCCGUUUGCUCCAGGAAAUGAAAGAGCUACAUGUUAUAGAGGAGCAGAUUUUUCAAGAGAACCUGAAGAUACACGCGCUACAGCGAUUUGAGGAAGCAGACGGAGCAGCACCAGAGGAACAAGCCAGGGGGAGCCUGCUGAAUCCAAGCAAGGAAAGGGAGCUGUUCCUGAGGGAGCUGGAAAAGGAGAGAACAGAGGUAGAGAGGAUGGAGAAGAGUCUGGCCAGGGAGAGAGCAGAGAGGAAUACAAAAAUAAGAAACAAACUGCACAGCGGUUCCAGGAAAGCAGCCUGCAGUAACCAUCGCCAGUCCUCUGAUCCCACAGCACGAUCCAGAACCAAGAUGAGGCUUGCAGUGACUUCAGCUCUAACGAAUCAGAAGGCAGCUGUGAAUGCAGACAAGGGCACACCUCUGACCAUAGGUCAUCCAACAAACCAGCCCAAAGAGAACUUCAGCAAAAGUGACAACGACAAUUCUGGGGAAGGGAUUUCAAGCCCCAGUAAUCUGCAAACUACAUUAUCUCUUGCAGCAACAACCUCCAUAAGAAAUGAUGGAUGUCCACGGACACCUGAGAGAGAGGCACCUUUCUGCCUAGCUGAACCCUCUCAGACUAACAGACAGUUGGAAGGUGGUUCUUUGAUCCAUGCAGUUGCCACUGAAGGUUUGCAGCGACGUGUGCUUCAGAGCCUAGAUCCUUCUAGUAGGAGCUGUGUCCCUGAAGAAAGUGGAGGAACGACCCAUUCCACUCCAGAGCUGCUUCUGACCCAGCCAGUGCAUGAUAUCCCAGGUAAAGAUACCCAGGAAACAGUGGAUCAAAACUGUGAGCUCAGUGCUGCUGAAUCUGAGAGCAUGCCUUAUCUUUCUAUGGAGAGGAAUGAGAUACCAGUACCAGCUGCAAGGAGGAGAGGCUGUAGAAAAGAGGAGCCUCCAGGACCUGUGGGUGAUCCAUUUGACUCCGGCGAAACUCCUGCUGCUGUUGUAGCCCCAAUACCAAAGCCAAGGAAAGCAUCUCUGCCCUCAAACACUGAUCCAAAAAACCAAGAGGAAAGACAAGUGCCCACAUGCAAGCCGGUAACCAUGAUUGCAUCAGAUCCAGUCUCCUUGAAAGGUUGCACAUUUGAGCCUGUAGUACUGGAGAUUCAAAAACCCAAGCACCCUCCAAAACCCAGAGAGAGGAGGCGGAAGAAUGCUGUCCAGCAACAGAAAGCCGGUGAGGGAGAUUCAACACUCGGCAGCAUUCUUUCUGAGAAGCAGCCUUGUUGUGAGGCAGACACGUCUGUUACGGAGAUCCACAGAGAUGCCUUAACUCAACCUGAAGCUGCAAACAAUGACAGGAAUUCAGAGGCUGCUUGUUCCACCCCUGCAUUGAAAUCUGACCAUGGUAUAGAUCUGCAAGCCAGACAAGCUGACUGUUGUGACUCUGAAAUAACGAAGAGGUCCACAUCAGUUGAACCUGAUAGGGAAGGAUUUUGCUGGGACAGUGUGGAUGCAGUGGAAGGUUUCAGAGAAAGGAGCCACCAUGAUCAUGUGAUUGCAAUGCCUGUCAUUGGUUCGGUAGGAAAGCGUGCUGCACAGUGCCUGCCAGUGCAUGACAGUCUUCAUUCUGGGGCCCUAAUGGAGGCCAGUGAUUAUAGAACGCCCAUUGUUCUGGACACUGGAUCCGCACUCAUGAAAGCUGGCUUUGCCGAUCAAGAUCUACCAACCACCAUAUUCCCCACUGUAAUUGGGUGGCCUAAAUACAAGGAGGUUAUGAAUGGCAAGUUUGAACGAGAAGCUUACAUUGGACAUGAUGCCCAGCACAUGAGAGGAGUUCUGUCUUUAAAAUACCCCAUGCAGCAUGGGAUAAUACAAAGCUGGGAUGAAAUGGAGAAGAUUUGGCACCACACCUUUCAUCACCAGCUCUGUGUUGAUCCUGAGGAACAUCCCGUUCUGCUGACAGAGGCUGUUCUGAACCCUCAGGAGAACAGGCGGAGAAUGGUGGAAAUCCUGUUUGAAACUUUUCAUGUGCCUUUAGCCUAUGUGGCCCUGCAAGCUGUCCUGGCGCUCCUUGCCACAGGAAGGAGUACAGGUGUGGUCUUUGACUCUGGAGAUGGCCUUGGUCACAGUGUCCCUGUGUAUGAAGGAUAUGGACUCCCUCAUGCCAUACAGCGCUUUCAUAUGGCAGGACAGGACGUCACACAGCAGCUCAAGAAGUUGCUGCAAGAGAGAGGCUUCUCAUUCAGAACCUCAGCAGAGCUUGAGAUAGUGAGGGAGGUGAAGGAGAAGUGCUGCUACGUGUCUCAGGACUACGAAGCUGAACUGCGUGGCUUGCGAGCACCCGACACUGACACAGAGAUGUAUUACACACUACCUGAUGGGCAGGUCAUUAACAUGGGCAAUGAGAGGUUCAGGGCCCCUGAGAUAUUAUUCAAGCCGGAGCUGGUUGGAAGAGACCACUACGGGAUGCAUGAAAGUGUCUUCCGCUCAAUCCUUCGCUGCGACAUGGACCUCAGAAGAACGUUCAUGGGAAAUAUCAUUUUAUCGGGUGGAAACACUAUGUUGUCUGGUUUGCCUUUGCGACUUCAGGAGGAAAUCCGAUCCAUGGUGGCUGUGGAUUUGUCAGACUCUGUGCGAGUGACUAGCCCCAAGGAUCGGGACUUCUCAGUGUGGCGUGGAGGGGCUGUGCUCGCCAGCUUGCCUUCCUUCAGCGCCGCCUGGAUCAGCCAGGGAGAGUACGAGGAGUUUGGACCUGACAUUGUCUUCAGGAAAUGUUUUUGAUUAAGGUGUUUUGUUUUUUUUUUUUGCCUUUUUUUUUUUUUUUUAAAGGGAUAACCACAUUCAA